AUGGAAGUUGGUCAGGGAUCUAAACAGAUGUUUAGCACUGAGCCUGAUUUAACAAUCGAUUCUACUAAUUCAGCGCAAAUUGGAGCUAAUCACGGAAGUGAAGUGCAGCAUCCACCUGACCCGCACGCACAGACAGUUUCCUCGGAAAACGAUCAGUCUUCUUAUGAUUGGACACCGUGGUCUUUUUUCACCCAACCACGAGCAUCUGAAGUCGAUGAACAAAGUACGGUGGCAACGCAGUAUUCUUUCACACCAGUGACUGCAGAUUCUGAGCAAGUUUCCCAGGAAAAUGCUGGAUCUGUCAUGUCGCAAGAUUUUCAUUUUGAUGCAGUUCCUGACGCAAUUAAUUUGACUGCUUAUGUUGCUGGACAGCUAAUGGAGGCUUCAGCUCAGCUUACAGUUGGUCGUACCAAAAAGAAAGGCAAAGGCAAACAACAUAAGAAACGGGGGCGCAAGUUGUCCGGUAAAGGGAAAAAAAAGCAUGCGUCUUUUGACCCGUGGCGUGUCCCUCCUACCCCACCUCCAUCGCCGGUCGAUAGUGAGUGUAAUUCUGACAGUGAUGCAGAAAGCGUUUACGAGUCUUCUGACCAGAGCGAUGAUGAGGACGAGCAGGUUGCUGCAGUCCAGUGCGACUUGUAUAAAUUUUGUGGAUUUUGCACGAUGGAUGACGAAUGUCCGCUGGUUCAUCGCAGGUACGCUUCAUCGGAUUCUCGAUGUUAG